AUGAGUCAGUCUGAACGUCUGAAAAUGCUCUUUCAUGGUGGAGAUAAGUCUCUUUUGAACGUCAAUGUGGGCCUUAACACCCAGAAUGAACCACCUGAAAUAACGCGUAAAUCGGUUUCGGAAGUUCCGAAAAGUCUUGCUAAAACCAGUUCAACUUUAACACCCCCUACACAGGUAGAACUUAGUUCGGAUUCGGAAUAUGAAGAUGAAUAUCUCGCUGCUUUGACCUCAUCCGCCAAAGAUGCUAAAAGGAGGAAGGAUGGCUCUCUGGGAGAAAGAAACGCAAAUGAUUCCUCAAACAAACCUACACAGGCCUCGCAGCCAAAUUUCGACAAUACAUGCUACUUCUGCCCAGCUAUUCUUAUCAGUCAUUUUCCUUAUAGGUAUCUUGAUGCUGAUGCUGCUGAGAAGGCUGGCCCCGCUUUUUUUGAUGCCGGAAAGUUUUGGAACCGAAAAUGGAAUCUGUAUUAUAUCUACCCCCCCUCUUCUGUAUCUCCCAAUCCCCUACUUCUAAUCCCCGAACCGGAGGUGCAACAGCUCAUGAAGGAAAUCAACAAAAAAUUUGGCUGUGGCGCAAAAAUUCCUGAGAAAUCCCAUCUGGGCGUACGUCUACCAUUUAAUAACGACGGUACCCCGCUACCGCAAUUUCUAGGCACUUCUACCAGCCGCGAGAUGAAGGAUUCAUUGGAAAGCACUAUCCCUCCUCCAACGGGGCAAUUUCAACGUCCCAAAAGCGCAUCAGGUACCACAGAUCGCUCGUUUGCAGCCUUUAAAGACAAAAUGGAAGCUGCGUUUGGUGCCAUUCGCCGUAAAUCCAAGUUAAGCAAGGCCAAAAAGCAGAGAGAUCAAGCCAGAAGACUUCAGCUCUGGUGUCGCUCGCUGAAACGUGCACAGUGCUAUUUAGGUCUCCGGGGCCGUCUUUCCCAGCCCAGCAGACAGUUCGGUGUAGACUAUACUUGUUCCUGGGACGCCUCUACUUCUGCUUCUUUGGUGGCUGCUGCCAGCAUGACACCUUUGAACGUGAAAAAUACCGCCCCGUUCCCAUUUGCAGACGCACCGCUAUUCAUUUCUAUCGAUAUUGAGUCAAAUGAGAAGGCGCACAGUCAGAUACUAGAAAUUGGUAUUUCUACACUGGAUACUUUAGAUCUGGAGGGUAUCUCUCCCGGUAAAAACGGCAGCAACUGGAUGGGCAAGAUCAAAACCCGCCAUUUUCGAAUUAUUGAGUACCGUCAUAUUGUGAACCAGGAUUUUGUCGCCGGCUGCCCUGACUAUUUCGAGUUUGGCAACAGCGAAUGGAUAUCUAUCAAUGAUGCCGCUGAUAUUGUGGAAUCGUUCUUUUGUCCUCCCUAUUCUGGCUCUUUGAAACAUACCGAGAAACGUGCUGGUACGAAAACCGAUGAUAGUGAGGACGACGAAGAUGGAGGAGUUCCUCUUCCAAAAAAAUUCAUUACUGCUGAUAAUCGUCGGAAUUCCGAAAACCGGUUCACUCUUAUCUCUGCGCCUGUGCGCCGCAAUGUUAUUCUCGUCGGCCAUAACCUCUCAUCAGACAUCAAGUACAUGGCUCAGCUUGGGUGUCCAUCCUUCGCUCACGCUGCCAACCACUUCAGUGAAAGUGGAUCAAACGAAAGCAGCGGCACGUCAAAAGCGCAAUUUCUCGAUAGCUUAGAUACAAACAUUCUUUUCAGAGUAUUCAACCGUCAAAUGCAGCCAAGCUCGCUCAGCAAAAUCCUAGUAGACCUCGAGCUUACAGGCUGGAAUCUCCAUAAUGCAGGCAACGACGCCCAUUAUACCAUGCAAGCUCUGGUCGGCAUCGCGGUCAAGUCGCGCUGUGAAGAGCAUGAGAAUGAUAAUAGGGGAAGAACGAGUGCAGCAAAAGGAACGCGUGGUGGUAAGAAGUCCUGGAACGCGGAGGUUAAGCGUCGAAUUGCCACGAGUGUGCAGGAGGCGGAAGCACGGAUUCGGCAGGAGUGCGAACUUUGGAAUUCGGCGUUGGGUUAUUCGGGAACAUGGAUAAUUCGUGGGGAUGACUUUGACGGAGGCCUUCCAAAUGGGUUAGAGAUGAAUUAUUAA